CAUUGUGACUGUGGGUGAGGGGAGGGAGGGAGGGAGGGUGAUUGAUGCAUCAUCAGUUGAUUAGGUGGCCCUGCUUUGGCGGGGCCGCUGCUGGGAGCGCUGCUCACUAACUCACAUUCUCCACCCAGGAAGAGCGAUGAGAGAGAGAGAGGGAGAGAGCAGCUUGCUAUAGGAUCUUUGGUCAGGGUUGAGUGAGCAAACUCUGGGUGGGUGGUGGAAGAAGAGGAAGAUGGCGAGAGUCACGGCUCUGCUGCUGAACCUUUGCUGCGUGCUCAGGUCCGCCACAGCCCAGGAGGUUCUCACCCACGCUUACGGAGUGAAUGGUUUCAGUUUGCACCCGCCUUACUUCAACCUGGCCGAGGGCACGCAGAUCACAGCUACGGCCACUUGCGGGGAGGGUGCAAGUGCGCGGCCGAUCGAGGAUCUAUACUGCAAGCUGGUCGGCGGACCGGUAUCUGGUGACCCUAGCCAAACCAUCCAGGGUCAAUAUUGUGAUAUUUGCAAAGCAGGGAGCAACAAAGCGCAUCCAACCACCAAUGCCAUUGAUGGAACCGAACGUUGGUGGCAGAGUCCUCCUCUCUCCCGUGGCCUGGAGUACAAUGAAGUCAACGUUACCCUUAAUCUUGGCCAGCUCUUCCACGUGGCUUAUGUCCUCAUCAAGUUUGCGAAUUCUCCACGGCCUGACCUUUGGGUCCUUGAGCGAUCUACGGACUUUGGAGAGAACUACCUGCCGUGGCAAUAUUUUGCCUCCUCCAAAAGAGAUUGCAUUGAGAAGUUUGGACCAAUGACUGUGGAACGUAUUAUUGAUGAUAAUGAUGCUAUCUGUACCACUGAAUAUUCACGUAUUGUGCCUCUGGAAAAUGGAGAGGUUGUGGUUUCCUUGGUAAAUGGACGACCUGGAGCCAUGAAUUUCUCCUACUCUCCUGUCCUCCGUGACUUCACCAAAGCCACCAGCAUCCGACUGCGCUUCCUCCGAACAAACACGCUCUUGGGACAUCUGAUGGGCAAAGCUUUGAGGGACCCCACAGUGACACGGCGGUAUUACUACAGUAUCAAGGACAUCAGUAUAGGGGGACGUUGUGUCUGUAAUGGUCAUGCUGAUGUGUGUGAUGCUAAGGAUCCAUCUAAUCCAUUCCGGCUUCAUUGUGACUGUCAACACAACACAUGUGGAGGGUCAUGUGAUCAGUGUUGCCCUGGAUACAACCAACUGCCUUGGAAACCUGCUACAACAGACAGUGCAAACAAAUGUGAACCCUGCAAUUGUAAUGGUCAUGCAUCUGAAUGUGUAUACGACCGUGUGGUACACCAGCAACAAGGGAGUUUGAAUCACCAGGGUCGACAUGAAGGAGGUGGCGUAUGUAUUGAUUGCCAGCACAACACUGCCGGGGUCAACUGUGAACGAUGUGUGAAUGGAUAUUAUCGGGCACCUGAUGUGUCAGCUGAUUCCGUGGACGCUUGCAUCCCUUGCAACUGCAAUUCCGAGUUCACGGAAGUUACAUGUGAGGAUUACACAGGCCGGUGUCACUGCAAGUACAACUACGCUGGAGAGAACUGCGACCACUGCGCAGCGGGGUAUCACGACUUCCCCAGAUGCCACCCUUUGCCAGCGAAUCCCACACAAUUCACAGGAGCCUUAAUACACGUGGGUGAAAUAAUAAACUGUGACUGCAGUGCAGUGGGAACCCUGAACAACGACUGCCAGCCAGACCCGCAAACAGGGACGUGCAGCUGCAAGCCAAACUUCACAGGCCGCUUCUGCAAUCAGUGUGUGUCUCGGCACUUUGGAGCCAGCUGCCAGCCCUGUCGCUGUUCUGGCCCUGGUGUUACUGAUGAGAGCUGCAACCUGGAGACAGGGCAGUGCUUCUGUCGCCAGGGGUUUGAAGGUUUCUACUGCGACCAGUGUGCCACGGGCUACUUCAACCACCCCCUCUGCCGGCUGUGUAGCUGCAGCAUUGCUGGCAGCCUGCCGGAGGUUUGCGAUCAAUCUGGGCGAUGUCAGUGCAAGGCCGAAUUUGAUGGAGCUCGUUGUGAUCAAUGUUCUGUUGGCUUUCAUUCCUACCCACAUUGCCAGGUUUGCUCUUGUGAUGAUCGUGGAUCGGUGGACAACCUCUGUGGCUUCACAGGCCAGUGCCAAUGUCUUCCCAGCUACUCGGGACCUACAUGUAACCAGUGUGCUCCAGGUUCCUAUGGACACCCCAGCUGCUCACCUUGCCCGUGUACUUUGGAGGGCUCGUACAUCAAUUCCUGUGACCAGGAGACUGGAAAGUGCAGUUGUCGCCCUUACGUGACGGGAGUGCAUUGUGACACGUGUGUGGACGGAGCGUAUGGCUUCCCAAAUUGUCGAGUGGCUUCCUGUGACCCAGCGGGCUCUACGUCUCUCUCCUCUAAUGAUGAGUUCUGUCAAUGUCGGACAAACGUUGAAGGCUCUGCUUGCGAUCAGUGCAAGCCUCUGUUUUGGAACCUGUCACCAGAAAACCCUUGGGGAUGUUCCAGCUGUCAAUGCCAUAUUGAAGGUACCUUAAAUGGGGUGGCUGAAUGUUUGCAGAACAAUGGCCAGUGUUACUGCAAGCCUAAUGUGUGCACACACCAUUGCACGGCUUGUAAAGCGGGAUAUUAUAACCUUGACAACAGGAACUACUUUGGCUGCCAAGGCUGCCAGUGUGAUAUCGGAGGCGCUGUGGGCAGCUUGAUGUGUGCUGAGCAGUCAGGGAGUUGCCAGUGCAGACAGAAUAUUGAAGGACGUGCAUGCAACCAAGCAAAGCCUGAUCAUUACUUCCCCGAUCUGCACCAUCUGCGGUUUGAGAUUGAGGAUGGUUCAGCUUUUGAUGGCAGGGCCGUUCGUUUCGGCUUUAAUCCACUCGAGUUUGAAAACUUUAGCUGGAGGGGUUAUGCACAGAUGUCGCCGAUUCAGACUAAGGUGGUUGUGACUGUCAAUGUGACUUCCCCCGACCUGUUUCGCAUCGUCUUCCGCUUCGUGAACCGUGGUCCCGCUGAUGUGAAAGGAAUGGUGGUGGUCAGCGAGGUGAAUCUUGACGUUUGUGGCAACUGUUCGGAACAAACCAAGCAAAUCAUAUUUACACCCAGCACCGAGCCAACCUUUGUCACCGUGCCACAGAAUACCUUCGUGGAACCUUUCGUGCUCAACCCUGGUAUAUGGUCUGUGAUGAUCGAAGCAGAGGAUAUCCUCUUGGACUACCUGGUUCUAUUGCCCAGCGCUUACUAUGAAGCACCAAUCCUCCAGCUCAGAGUGACGGAGCCUUGCACCUACACAGUGAGCCAUCAAGACACCAGUCAGAAUUGUUUGCUGUACAGACAUCUUUCCUUGGAUGGCUUUCCCUCACUGCAGGCCACUGAUGGAACGUGUGCCUAUGAAAACUACCUCCCUAGUCAAUGUCACUCAGUACAGCCCACACCAAGCCAUCCAACAAUGGUCAUCCUGAAUGACAAACAGAUGAAUGUACAAUUGCGAAUGAGGGUUCCACAUUCAGGUGCCUACGUGGUUCUCAUUGAAUACGCGACUGAGACGGAUCCAGGAGAAAGCCUCAGUGUUGUUGUAAAUGCUGUCGGGUGGCAAGAUCAGCGCAUCACAAUCGAGCUCCAUUAUUGCAAAUACAGCUUUCUCUGCCGUGGAGUUGCAGUUGAUUCUAUGAAUCGUGUCGCUGUGUAUGAAUUAACGACCAGAGUCGAACUGCAGAUUGUGGCAGACUCAGCCAACGUUUUAUUGAACAAGGUGUACCUUAUCCCCCAUGAGCAGUUCACCAUGGAAUAUGUCCAGCCAAGUGUCCAUUGCAUCAGCACCCAUGGGACGUUCGAACCAGACAGUGGUUCCUGCUCAUCCUCCAGGUUUCAGAAGCCAUCUCAGUCCAUUACACUGACGCAAGGUGAAAUAUCCUCAGCUUCAACUCUGCUGCACCUUUAUCCACCCAGACCCCCUCCUGUGGAGAGACCUUAUCAACCAGAGCAGCUCCAUGUCCUCCCAUCCACCAUCGUGGAGACAGCUGACUUGAUCUUGCUUCAGUUUCCUCAGACUGUUGCCAUCUUUGGUAGCCGUGUUCAGACAUUGGGUCGCUAUGUCUUUGUGAUCCACUUCUAUCAGCCAGACCACCUGACCUUUGCAGCAGAGGUGCUGAUUAACGGAGGGCGGAUUUGGCAAGGUCAUGCCAACGCCUCCUUCUGCCCACAUGGGUAUGGAUGCCGUACUGCAAUCCUUUGUGAAAAUAAGAUUGUUCUGGACAUAAGUGACAAUGACGUAACCAUUAUCGUUCGCAUCCCUGAUGGCAAGACUCUGUGGCUGGCCUACAUUUUGAUUGUGCCGGAAGCUAGCUACAACUCAAACUACCUGUUAGAAGAACCUUUGGACAAGUCAUAUGAUUUCAUCAGCACCUGUGGAGCAAACAGUUUCUACAUCAACCCUGCCACGGCCUCAACAUUUUGCAAGGACUCCAUGGUCUCACUGACUGCCUUUUACAAUAACGGUGCCCUGCCCUGUACGUGCCACGAGGUGGGUGCAACAAGCACUUCCUGCCAACCCGUUGGAGGGCAAUGCGACUGUCGACCCAAUGUGAUUGGCCGUGACUGCUCCCAAUGCGCCAUUGGCUACUAUGGAUUCCCCAACUGCAGACAGUGUGAGUGCGGCAGGCGUUUGUGUGAAGAGGUCACGGGUCACUGCAUUUGCCCCCCACGCACGGUGCGCCCAGAGUGCAUCACCUGUGAACCACGGGCGUUUGGUUGCCACCCGCUGAUAGGAUGCGAGGAAUGCAACUGCUCCUACCCGGGCAUAGAAGACACGGCCAGACCGGAGUGUAACACCGAGAGCGGCCAGUGCAGGUGCAAGCCCUACGUAGCCGGACGCCAGUGUGAUCGCUGUACUCCGGGAUACUACCACUACCCAGACUGCGUGCCGUGUGACUGUAACGAAGACGGAACGGAAGCCAGCAUUUGUGACUCGCACACGGGCCGGUGCCAAUGCAAGGAAAACGUGGAAGGCGCACGGUGUGACAUCUGCCGUCUAGGAACCUUUUACCUGGAUCCAACCAAUCCCAAAGGCUGCACCAGCUGCUUCUGCUUCGGAGCCACCGAUCGCUGCCAGAUCUCCACCAAGCGGAGGGCCGCGUUAGUGGAUAUGGAUGGUUGGAGAUUGGUGAGUGGAGAUCGCCAAGAACUUCCAGUGUCUCUCAACCCUGGAAAUAGAGAGGUUGAAGCGAAUCUCCAUGAUGUGACCGAUAUUUACCAGGAUCUCUACUGGCGCGCACCACAUCCUUACCUUGGAGACCAGGUUUCCUCUUACGGAGGGCACCUGAUGUACCGGCUUGGCUCCCAGGUUCUGCGCGGUGACAUCCUCUCCCUCCCGGUCGAAGUUCGCCCGGACGUGAUUCUGAAGGGGAAUCAGAUGACCAUAAUGUACGUGGCCAAGGAGUAUCCAGCUCCUGGGCAGCAUCAUGAGAGCCGACUGCAACUGGUGGAGAGUAACUUCAGGCACGUACAAACACAUAACCCUGUGUCCCGAGAAGAGAUGAUGAUGGUGCUGGCCAGCCUGGAUGGCCUACAGAUACGAGUCCUUCACUCCCAAUUGGCCAAGCGGGUCACACUGCACAAUGUAAUCCUGGAGCAAGCUGCAAACUCUGGAGAUGGAGAUGCUGCCAGCAAUGUGGAAAUCUGUCUCUGUCCAGCUAACUAUGUGGGGGACUCAUGUCAGGAUUGUUCGCCAGGUCAUUAUCGAGAUACAAAAGGUCUUUUCCUGGGUAAAUGUGUACCUUGCAAUUGCAACGGCCAUUCUGACCAGUGCCUGGAUGGAACAGGAAUAUGCGUGAACUGCCAGCAUAAUACGGAAGGAGGUGACUGUGAGCGGUGUAAGGCCGGGUUGGUUCGAAACGCCACACUGGAAGCGGCUCCUCUCUGUGAACAGUGCCCGUGCCCCGUCGGUGUGUCUACCAACAACUUUGCAAAGGACUGUGGUUACCGUGGAGAUCGUUUCCAGUGCUUCUGUAAGCCAGGGUACGCUGGCUUAAAAUGCGAAAGGUGUGCCCCAGGUUACUAUGGAAACCCAAUGGUCUUGGGAAGCCAGUGUCAGCCGUGCAAUUGUAAUGGCAACACAGACUCGAACAUGCUCUUCAGCAGUUGUGAUUCACUGACAGGAGAGUGUCUGGGGUGUAUGCACAACACAGCUGGGCCACACUGCCAACACUGUGCCCCAGGUUUCUAUGGAGAUGCAUUGAUCAGCAAGCAGUGUGAAUCUUGCAGUUGUUCACCAUGUGGGACUGAGUCUUGUGAUGCGCGCACUGGUGAGUGUCGAUGCAAGGCCGGGGUGAUGGGGCCACAGUGUGACCAGUGUAUGAUUGGAUAUUAUGGAUACGGAAGCUGCACUGGCUGCCAGAGGUGCUCCUGUGAUGUGGCUUCUCAGAAUGAAAUCUGUGACUCCCAAAGUGGCCAGUGUCCUUGCUUACCCGGGAUAUCCGGUCGCCAGUGCCAGCGGUGUGCCCCCGGGUAUUGGCGCUUCAGUCCGAGCGGUUGCCAGAGAUGCGUCUGCAAUGGGGGGCCGUGUAACCCGUGGACUGGAGCGUGCGUGUGCAACAACGGCUUGUCGGGCAGGCAAUGCGAUACCUGUUUGAAAUUGCACGAGGUUCCGGUCGUCGAUGGUCUCUACUCCAUGAAGUGUGAGCCUUGUGAUAGUUGCAUCGUAGUUCUUUUGGAAGAUCUGAAUCGGACGGCAGCCGUGCUGCCAGAAAUCAGGGAGCAGCUUUCAAAUGUCACCGCCAGUUCCAUCGUGUGGAAGCGAAUGAACGCCUUGAACGACAGCUUGGGGCAGCUGGAGGGUGACCUCCGCCGAUACAGGGGUACGCAGGACCAAAGCAAGAAUCAGACUGAUGAAUUGGAGGCAACCAGCAUGAACCUAACACAAGUCUUGGAUGCUUUUGAAGCAAAGGUCAAUGUGACCAACAGGAAGGCAACAGCACUGGCGGAGAGUGUUGAUGGGACCCACCAGCAUGCUAUUGGAUUGCUUAAUAAUAUCACAAGCCUCAGAAACACCAUUUUAGAUCUGAUUGACCAGAUGAACAAAACACGGCUCAACACCAGCAUGCCAACCACCGAAGAAUUUGUGAAGAAACUAGCGGAGGUGGAGAUGUUACUGAAGGAAAUGAGGAACCGCAAUUUCAGCAGUCAGCAUGAUGCUGCCGAUCAAGAGAACGCUGAAGCGAUAAAAUUACUUGAACGGGUCAAAGAGCGGCUGGAAAAACCUUUACAACACCUAAAGGAUUUGGUUGAGGACAUCAACGAUAUGUUACUGAAACAUAACUCUCAGAUGAUGGACCUGAGGGAUGCCCUGAAUGAAGCAGUGAACAAAACCGGGCAAGUGAAUGAAAAGAACAAAAUCAACGAGCUGUUAUUAGCAGAGAGCAAGCGAAAUGUGGAAGAUUUGAAGAAGCGACACCAGCAAGUAGGGGAAGUGCUGAGGAUGGCGAGAGAAGCCCUGCUCCAGGCCUCUGAUCUUCUCCGCAUGUUGGAGGAUGCCAAAGAGGGCUACGAGAAGUUGGCAGCAAAGUUGGAUGGAGCCAAGAUACCCCUCAUUGAAAAAGUGAAGAAAUUCUCUCCAGCGAGCAGCAAAACCCCAAUUGUGGAGCGGGCGGAGGAACAUGCCAGGUUCCUGGAUGAACUGGCUAAGAACCUGUCCAGGGCAAUUGAAGACACAAACCAAGAUGGAUUCAUUCAGCGUGCGUUGAAUGCCUCCAAUGCAUAUGCUGGCAUCAUUGAGGCGGUGGAGAGAGCCAAGAUCGCAGCAAAGGAGGCCAGUAAUGCAGCUAAGAAGGCCCUGGAGCAAGUAAUAGAUGAAGAUCUGUCUCAUCAAGCUGCACAGUUGAAGAAGUCGGCCAGCCUGCUUGUGGAAGAGGCAGAAAAUGCCCAGAAGAGAUUACAAGACGAACUGAAGCCUGCGCUGAAAGAAUCAAAGAAACGGCUGAAUGACGCAAAAACCAAGAAGGACCAACUCCUGAAUCAACUGGAAUCUGCUCAAAAUCUGCUGAAAGACAUCAACAGAGGCAAUACAGCUGAUAACCUUGCGACAGCAAAGAAGAUGGCGGCUGCGGCCAACAAGACGGCUGCGGAUGUGCAGAACACUCUGGAGACGAUGAAAAAAAACCUGGACAAUUGGACAGAGAAAUAUGGGGGACUACCAACCGACAGUGAGGACUUUAACAGAACUCUGCAAGAAGCAAAUAAAUCUGUGGCAGCACUAAAUGAAACCAUCCCACUACUCCUCGAUAAGCUAAAUAAACUGGAAGUCCGGAACCAAACUUCAAAUAUUUCUGCAAGUAUUGAUCGCAUUCGUGAGCUAAUCUCCCAGGCCAGAAGUGCAGCCAAUAAGGUGAAAGUACCGAUGAAAUUCAACGGCACCUCGGGGGUCCAGGUGAGGUCGCCUAGCAACCCGCAUGACCUGAUGGCAUACACCUCGCUGUCGUUCUACAUCCAAAGAGACAACAUAAGGAAGAGGCAACUCGGCGGCUCCAGCCAGUUUAUCCUGUACCUUGGCGGGCAGAACGUCUCUGGGGAUUACAUGGGCGUGGCAAUGAAAGAUGGCAAACUAUUCUGGGUGUACAAACUGGGCGAUGAAGAGACUGCCCUGCAAACCGACUCUGAAGUCAGCAGCAACAGAUUCGACAUGGUCAAACUAGAAAGGACACUGCAAUUUGGGCGAAUCUCGUACGAGACAUCAGAAGUGAAGGGCACGGUGAAUGAAGCGAGGCGAGAGGGGAUGGCAAAAGGCGACGAUGUCUUACUCAAUCUAAACCCUGAAGACUUGGUGUUUUAUGUUGGAGGCUAUCCUUCUAAUUUCGCUCCUCCUGUCUCUAUCCGCUUUCCCAACUUUAAAGGGAGCAUCGAGCUUGGGACUCUGAACGAAGAAGUCAUCAGUCUGUACAAUCUGGUCGAAACAUUCAAUCUGAACACUACGGCUGACGAACCGUACAGGAGGUAUAAAUCUACUCAAGGAGUAGACAACGAUAGUUCUUACUUUGAUGGCAGUGGUUAUGCCAGAAUCAAAAUGUCGGGUACAUUUUCCUCUGUGUCUCGGUUUGAGCAAGAGGUUCGCAUUGCUUCCUAUAAUGGUAUCCUCUUCUUCAUGCAGGAAAAGGAAAAAUACCUCUGCUUAGCCAUCGAGAAUGGGAAGUUCGUGCUGUUUAUUGACUUAAACAAUCAACAAAAAGUGGAACGUGAUAAAAGCCAGAACUCUGUCAGCGACGGAAUGCAACACCAGAUCCAGAUAAUUAUGGUCUUUUCCCAAAAAGUGAAGAUUUACGUGCGUGUGGACAGGAAAACGAUUCUUACUUCUGAGCAGGAUCUCCCGCGCCCGUCCAUUUCUGAGUAUUAUCUUGGUGGUGUUCCUGUAGAAAUGCUGCCAGAGAUCCUGAGGAGCAGAUUUCCCACAGGUGGCUCCAUAAAGGGCUGCAUGCGAACCGUGAAGGCCCUGGACAAGAAUUUGGACCUGAAGCGGGAAAAGACCAGGGGAGUUAGUUACGGAUGCUCAGCUAACCUGCUGGUCUCGCGCUCUGUCGACUUUACAGGCCAGGGUUACAUGAGUCUGAUGCCUCAGAAUAUUCUGGCCCUUCGUAACGACUUCAUGUCAGGCUUUGGUUUCCAGACCCAGCAACAGAACGCUCUGAUGUAUUACUACCGCACGACGGAAGGGAACUGUCAAGUCUCUUUGAAGCAGCGACAAGUGGCCCUUAAGGUAUUAAAUACGGAAGUUAAAAGUCAAAUGAAUUAUACAGACGGGAACCUGCACUAUGUCUUCUUCUUUAUCAAGAAUGAUCAGAUCACAAUGAACAUCGAUGAUCAGGAGAAACUGCAAGCAAAACUGUCCAGGAGAAGCAGGCGGCAGCUGAGGGAGAUUAAGGAGGGACACCUUUACCUGGGCGGUGGGCCGGCAACUGACCUGGGAGCUAAUUUGACCGGCUGCAUGAGCAACAUUUUCAUGCAUCAUAAAGAUCCAAGCCAGCAGUCAGUAUUGAAUCUCCAGAAGCACGACGUGAUAGUGGGCGCAGAGUUGAACAGUUGCCCUCGGGAAAAACCACCCCAGCAGAUACGACUUCACAAGAAGGAGAAACUCAGACAGGCUACCAGCAAGAUUAGAAGCAAACAGCGAAUGCAGGAAAAUUGCCGGUUGCCAAGGGAACCAGCUGCUGUGAGCAACGCCCAAUACUUCAGAGGUUCCCACCUCAGCCGCUUGGAAUAUGACAACAUUCCAGAAUCCUUCCGUAUGAGGUCUAGUUUCUCCAUGGAGGUUCGCAGCAAUUCAUCCCAUGGGAUGCUUUUUUAUGUAUCCAACGAUUGGGAAACCACCUUUAUGGUUCUCUUGCUUUCCAAGGGCCGUUUUGUCUUCAUGUUUGAAAUCAAAGGGAAGAAACUACGGAUUGCAACCAAAGAAAAGUAUAACGAUGGAUCGUGGCAUACCAUAUUUUUCAGCAGAGACCGGCACCAGGGGCAGCUGGUCAUCGAUGGUUUACGGGCACAGACACGGAGCAUCUUAUCCUUAGGGUCCUUGGAGGUCAAAGCUCCAUUCUAUGUGGGUUCAGUGCCGAAAGGAAAAGCAAGGAGGAUUGCUCAGGGCACUUCCACUAGGUUUAAUGGUUGCAUCCGAAACUUCCAACUGGAUGGAAAACGUGUGGAACCACUUUCACGUGCUUACAACGUCACACCGUGUUAUGAGGGAAGUCUUGAAAUGGGAACGUUUUUCUCCAGUGCAGGAGGCUACAUAAUUAUAGAUGAGUUCUUUGUUCUUGACAAAGAUUAUGAGCUAAUGUUUGAAGUGCGUCCCAGGAGUUUGUCGGGUGUAUUUUUCCAUGUUGGAAGAAAACAGAGCUAUCACUUCAGUCUGUACGCAGAGGAUGGGCAGGUUAUUGUUCAGUUGAACAAUGGAGCUGGAGAAUUCUCAGCAUCAGUCACUCCAGAACAGUCUCUGUGUAAUGGGCAGUGGCACCGGAUAGCAGUUAUCAAAAGGAAGAAUGUGAUACAGCUUGAUGUGGAUACUGAGAGUAAUUACACAGUGGGACCACUGUAUGUUCCACGUAUGAAUUCCAAACAGAUCCUUUACAUGGGAGGCAUACCAGAUACUGUGCAAAUUCCAAUGUUGUCACCAAUACGUCGCUCAUUUGUUGGCUGUGUAAAGAAUUGCCUCAUUAAUCAAAAUUCAAUACAGUUAAAUCAACCAACAUCUAUACAGAGUGGUGGUAUUAGUAGUGGCUGCCCAUUAUUGUAAUCAGAGUGGAAGGACUAAAACUUUCCCAAAUCUGGUAUGAUUUUCAAUCCACUUAUGCACUUAAAUUUGUACUGUAUUUCAGAAUUUUGCUACGAAUUUUUAUAAGCUAUUUUAAUAGCCUUUUUAUUUGGUAUUUUGGGAGGAAAAUAUUAAAGGGGUAUAAUUUAUCCUGCAACACUGGUUUUACGAUCCUGUUUUACAUUUGUAGCACUAUGUGCAGAACACUGGUACAUAAUCAAGUCAAAAUAAAACUUCCUAUACUGUGUGACUUGUCCAAUUUGAA